GACAAGGUUUCAAACUGGGCUGAUGUUGUCUUGGCCUAUGAACCUGUGUGGGCUAUUGGAACCGGGAAGGUUGCAACUCCUGCUCAAGCUCAGGAAGUGCACAAGGAACUAAGGGAAUGGCUUGCAAAGAAUGUCAGUGCUGAAGUUGCUGCAACAACUAGGAUUAUCUAUGGAGGUUCUGUAACUGGUGCCAGUUGUAACGAAUUGGCCGGGCAACCAGAUGUUGAUGGAUUUUUGGUAGGUGGUGCUUCUUUGAAGCCUGAAUUUGUGAACAUUAUCAACGCUGCAACCGUGAAGAAGAAUGCGUAACUCAUGAUCUCGUGGGAGGAAUAGAUGGUUAAGAUUGUUUUUAUCCGGAGGAACACCAACUUUUCUUUAUGUAGCUUUUUGGUGUAUAAACUUCCCCUUUUAAUCGAUAAAAAAGUACUACCAACCUUUUUAGUGUUGCUGUGCUUGGAACUGGAACUGAACCAGCUGAUGAUUCUUAAUUUGAAUAAAAUUUGAGAAUCCUUUUUCCACUUA